GAUCAUGGAAUAACCGUACAUUAACUUCUCAGAUAAUUGAAUCGUUUCUUAUCCUGGAAUUGAAUAUAUAACCCUAAUACCCAAAUCAUAGUUUCCUCUCAUCUCUUCACCUUCAAUUUGUCCUCUCAAAUCCCCCGUACGUUCUCACUCCACCCUCUGCCGGCGACAGUGGUUCCAGGGGCUGUGGUAUUGGUGGUCGUCAAAGGCCAACGGCUAGGGUUUGCCAUGAAACACUGUAGUUAUCGAAUUACACACUCUAUUUGCUGAAGAUUUUUGAUCGAUUCUGUGUAUUGUAGCAAGGAUGUUGGUUACUUAUUUUCAUCUUUUUAGAUUUCAACAAGUUCUAGGUCUUGAAACUGAAAUCAGAAUGUUGAAAUCGCUAGAUCUUGAGUCACUGAUAGGUGGAACCGCGAUUAUAGAGACGAUCGGCCGCCUGGAGUUGACCGGGUCAUCGGUUCCUUGCUGUCUACCUUCUCGCCUAGGUGCGAACAAAUCAGUUUGUGCACCCGACCCAUAUGAUGUUGGGCGAAUUUUGCAAGUUGAUAUUAUAUCAAAUGCUCAAAAGUCAACUGUGACGACAGAUUGUCCGAUACAGCCCGGUUUGUUCUCUUUCCUUUUACUCAUAUUUUUUGUUGACUUUCGGCUGUGUCUUUUGUGAUAACUGAAUUUAUUCGUUUUGAUGACGUUUCUGUAACAACUGUUGGAUUAGAGAGUUAUGUGGAGACACUUUCUCGAAAAGGAAAUUCUGAAUUCAGUGUAUGUUAAAUUGUUAAUCUAUAAAUUUAUUUGGUAAAAAAGAUGUUUGACUAAUCGUUCGUGUACUUUACUCUUAUAAAUUGGUCUUUUCGAGUGCGUUCUAUAGUACGUUCUAUAUCUCUAAUGAAUCUAAAUUCAUCUUAAAAAUAUAUCUUUGCAUACAGCCGCCUAUACUUUUAUUUAAAUAUAGGUAAGGGUUAGUAGUGUGGAUACUAUUGGUAAGGGUAACUUUGGAUCUGUUUGGCUGUGUAGAUGUAGGGUUAGUAGCGUGGAGUUUGCGUGUAAGACCCUGGUGAAAGGGGAGGAGCUAGACGGUUCAUAGAGAAGUUGAGAUAAUGCAACAUUUGUCAGGGCAUCCAGGGGUUGUGACGUUGAAUGUUGUUUAUGAAGAUUCGGUAUCUUUUCAUUUGGUAAUGGAGUUGUGUUCAGGAGGAAGGUUGAUUGAUCAAAUGACGAAAGAAGGUCGUUAUUCUGAAUAACGGGCUGCUAAUAUAUUCAAGGAGUUGAUGACGGUGAUUAAAUAUUGUCAUGACAUGGGUGUGGUUCAUCGGGAUGUAAAGCCUGAGAAUAUCUUGUUAACAACUUCAGGGAAGAUUAAGCUUCCUGAUUUUGGCUUGGCAAUGAGGAUCACCAACGGUACUAUUUUCUUCUGUGUUUUGGUUAUAAAUAAAUUAAUUCUUUAUUUUUUAUAUGCAGGAAGUUCACACAAGUGUUAUGCUUUGUGUAUCUAUGAUAUUGAUUAUAUACCUGCUCAAACUUGUUUAAAUUUGUUCCUCACAAGUUCCCUUAAUUGGUUGACCGACAAUGUGUCAACUUUUAGUAGACAUAAGGUGCUUAGCUUACCUUGUAUCUUACUAAACCCUUCUUUGACUUAAUUUGACAAUACUUGACGAAUCAAUGGGACAGAAGCUUUUACCAAGUCCUUCAUGCUUCCAGAUCCGCAUCACCCUACUUAACCCCAAAGCCUAGAUUCAAAUCAUCAUGAUUCAUUUGUGCACCCAAGUAAGUCUGCUCCAUAAAUAAAGUUAUUAUUUAAUACCCAGUGUAAUUUUCCAACUUCCAAAGUAGGGGUGCUAAACGGGUUGUGUUCGCAGGUUGGCGAGUUCAACCCGACCCAAACCCGAAAAUUUUACACGAACUUGAACCCGAAAAUCGUAUCAUACAUAUAAACCCGAACACGACCCGAAAUUUCAUGGGUUGACCCGAAAACGACGCGUUCAACCCGAAUUUUUAAUUUUUUUCUGAAAUUAAUAUAUUAAAAUUAAAAUUUACUUAAAAAACACAAAUGUAUAUAAUAAUAUCAUAGUUAAAUUAUAAAAUCUAUGUUAAUUUCUCUUUUUAAGUUACAAUCAUGGCAUAAAAUACUACCCCAUUUAAUUUAUGACAUAAAAUAUAUUGUAAAAAAUUAUAAUAUAGUAUAAAUGUGUUAAACGGGUCAAUCCGCCAACCCGACCAGGUUGACUCGAACCCAACCCGUUAACCUAAACGGGUUCGCGGGUUCAACCUGAAAAUAACCCGAACCCGUUUAGACUAAAAACCUAAACCCGUGAAUUUCGUGUUAGGAUCGUGUCGAGUUUUCGGGUGGUGUUAAAAAUUCACACCCCUAUUCCAAAACAGAUAGUUCAAAAUGUUUUGGAGAGCGUAGCAAGUGCUAAUCAAUCCUGGACAUAUACAUAUGCUUAGUAUUUGUUCAGUAGAAUAAUAUCACUUAGUAUUAUCUGAUACAUAUUGAAAGAAGUCGAAAUUUAAUAUGGAUUCAUAUUGUUUGAUA